AUGUCUGAGGACCCCACCUACCGACCAUCGUCCCGACCACCUUCGUUCUACUCUUACACAUCGAAGGACAAUGCAUCUAUCCGGUCUUUGGGCUCAGAUCACAAAACACGUACACCAGAACUGCGUGCUACCAAGCCAGGUGAUGAAGAUGCACGAUCCACAUCAUCAAUCACAACAUUAGCCCCACCAUCUAUGCUCGACGCCCCCCCAUGGACUACUCCUCCCUCCCAGGAAAUCACAUCCCAAACACGUACUAUGCAUUGGCUAGCAGAGCAACAGCAGCAACAGUCAGCGCCUGCUGAUAGACAUUUGGAAGCUGAGAUGGCAGAUAUGCAUUUGCGCCAAGAGAUGCCAGACACCUUGCCUGGACAACAGUCGAUACGGUCCAGUGUGAGCACAAUCGUUGCGCCAUCCUCUUCACCUUAUAUCCCACCCAUUUCGGUAACAAGCACACCAUCCCCUACCUUGAACCGCCCUGCCUCGACCAGUAUGGAAGAGAAACGUUUGAGUCACAAUACGUUCAGCAGUGGUGGUCAAUCAGAGACAGGGAAAAAAAAACGCCGUGUUGUGACAGACUUCGUAUUUGGAGAAGUGUUGGGCGAAGGCUCGUACUCGACAGUGCUCAAAGCCUGGGACGUGUAUGACUUGCCACUGGAAGAGCGACAAGCAUUGACUCACGCCUCCAAUGCCUUGGCAGCAGCUGCUGGUCAAGUGGCAGACGUUCCUUUCUCACAUACCAGACCCAAAGCAUACGCUGUGAAAGUGCUGGACAAGGUCCAUAUUCUCAAAGAGAAAAAGCAGAAGUAUGUGCGAGUUGAAAAAGAAGCCCUGACGCUUCUCUCGAACACGCCCGGCGUGGUGACGCUGUAUCAUACCUUCCAGGACCGCGAAAGCUUGUAUUUUGUGCUGGAGUUGGCACCCAACAACGAACUGCUGCAUUAUAUCCGGCACUAUGGCUCGCUAGAUUUGCAGAGCGCUACCUUCUACGCGGCUCAGCUUGCAGAUGUGAUUGCCAAGAUUCACGAGGCUGGCGUCAUUCAUCGUGAUAUCAAACCGGAAAAUGUAUUGCUCGAUGCUCACAUGCGUAUACUGCUGACAGAUUUUGGCUCAGCACGCGUGCUGACUCGUCCAACGUCCGAUUCAUCGAUCGGCAUGCCCUCAACGCAGCAUAGUUUUGUGGGCACAGCCGAUUACGUGAGCCCUGAGCUCCUGAAUGACCUUCCUGUCGGCAAGCCAGCAGACUGGUGGGCGUUUGGGUGUGUUCUGUUCAAAAUGCUGGCCGGACAAACGCCGUUUCAUGCUACGAACGAGUAUCAAACAUUCCAGCGGAUUCUGCACCGAAGCUUUAUUUUUCCUGAAGGUUUUACCGCUGAUGCACGGACACUGAUGGAGGGUCUUCUAUGCAUGGAUCCCAAUCGACGCAUGGCCGCCCAAGAAGUCUACACUCACCCAUUCUUUCAACAUGUCGAUUUUCCAGCGCUGUGGACAGCGACGCCACCGCCUAUGCAUCCGGGCCUGGUCCAGCGUGUACGACCGCCGACCGUGAACGAGAUGGAUUUGGGCGCCUUGGCGGCUGCCUUUGAUGACCCCCAUGAGGAAGAUUCUACGGGGUCGUACGAUCCUUCGAGUGCGACCGGCGAUGAGGGCGACGCAUCGUCAGCGGCCAGCCACUCACUGUCUGGGGCAAACUUGUCGAGCUCACCCAGUGUGAGCUCGCAGUCACAUAUCCCUACACCCAUUCUGUCAUGGACCAAUAUUUUAUUACCAGGAGAGGAUAUGGUGUUUUCUAGCCCAAUGUUGCUUCGCCGCUCGGCAUCUACGGGGAUGUUUUCCCGAAAAUGUCAAAUGAUCCUGACUAGCCUACCUCGCCUGUUGUGUAUACGCGAGAACAACAACGCGUGCAAGGUCCUGGCCAACAUUCCACUGAAACCACGUGAAUCGACCGCAAUGAAGUCACGCACAGCGACGACGGCAGAAAUGGAGUCAGCCGCCAGGAGUCUUUCGCAGAGUGACUCGCGGCGUGGAACAGCGCCUCGACGGACGCUCUCAAUUCGCAGCCAGGCUUCCAUGAGCUCGUUGAAACGACGAGGCACGCUCUCCCGCACGUUGAGUAUCUUGGGUCGUUCCGACCCAGACCGCCUGGACACUGCGUCCAUGUCCGAUCGGAGCGGUAAGGAUGAGAUCAUCGAGGCUGGACCUAUCGAGGUGGAGCUUCGCUCGCCUCGUGUGUUUGUGGUCCAAGCGCCAUCGAAGCAGUGGCAGUUUGAAGAUCCAUCAGGGGAUGCUCUUUUCUGGGUGCAAAAUAUUCGAGAUGCUAUGGAGGCACGGUCCGUUUCCCAAUCAUAA